CAUCAAUACUACGCCUGCGUAGAGAUGACGCGCAUGCGCAGUGCGGUUCGGGCAGGGGGGACUGUGAGUGAAUUUGCUGGAGUUCGCUAACAGGAAGGAGAGAAAAGCAGGAGAGAGAGAGUGCUGGAGAAACCGAGCUCCGAGUUUAAGAUCCUGACCUGCACUGGACCGUCGUACCUGAAGGUGCUCCAUCAUGGCUCUGUCAUUUAAGAAAGAUCUGGAAAAGUACAAGGAGAUCGACGAGGAUGAGAUCCUCAACAAGCUCUCGGAGGAGGAGCUGAAGCAGUUAGAGAGCGCUCUGGAGGAGAUGGACCCCGAGAAUGCUCUACUCCCGGCUGGCCUGAGGCAGAAGGACCAGACGACGAAGGCAGUGACCGGUCCGUUUGACCGGGAGAAGCUGCUGCACUACCUGGAGAAAGAGGCGCUGGAGCAUAAAGACCGAGACGACUACGUGCCCUUCACCGGAGAGAAGAAAGGAAAGGCCUGGGUACCUAAACAGAAGCCACUGGAAACCAGUAAGGAGGAUGUGACGACCCUCGACCCGGAACUGGAAGAGGCUUUGUCUGGUGUUACAGACACUGAGCUGUCUGACCUCGCAGCUAUCCUUGGAGUCCACACCCUCGUGACCAGCACACAGAGCUACGACGGGACAUCCGGCAAAGACGGACACAACAAUGUCAUUAAAGGAGAAAAAGUGAAGCCAGUUUUUGAUGAGCCGCCCAACCCGACUAACGUGGAGGAAACUCUGCAGAGGAUAAAGAGCAACGACCCCACACUCACCGAGGUCAACCUCAACAACAUAAAGAACAUUCCCAUCCCCACACUGAGAGACUACGCCAAAGCCAUGGAGAAGAACACACACGUGAAGAAGUUCAGUCUCGCGGCAACACGCAGCAACGACCCCAUCGCCGUGGCGUUUGCAGACAUGCUGAGAGAGAAUAAGACACUGAGGAGUUUGAACCUGGAGUCAAAUUUCAUCACUGGUUCUGGAGUUCAGGCGCUGGUGGAGGCUCUGAGAGACAACGACACACUCUCCGAGAUCAAGAUCGAUAAUCAGAGGCAGCAGCUGGGCACUACAGUGGAGAUGGAGAUCGCUAAAAUGCUGGAGGCCAACACCAGUAUAGUGAAAUUCGGAUAUCACUUCACUCAGCAGGGACCUCGAGCUCGAGCAGCAGCCGCCAUCACUAAAAACAACGACCUGGUGCGACGGAGGCGUGUAGAGAGAGACGUGUAGUGUAUCCUCCAUCUCCCCCCCCCCCUCUCUCUCUUUCCCUCUCUCUCUCCCUCUCUCCCCAGCUCUGCAGAGUCCUGUGCCAGUCUCUGUGUGUUGUGUUGCACCUGUGUUCAGCGUUGAUCUUGAACGAGGGACAGAACUGGAACUGCCCCCUCCCUCUGUUCAGCUCUGCUCAUCACUUCGUCAGCGAUGCUGUUCUUCUUUUCUUUAUUCCAUUCUCUUUUUUUAUUAUGAUGAUUAGUAUGAAAUCAGCUUCUCUGUAUUUUAUUUGUAAACACAAGAAUCAGUGAUGAGCCUGAUACUGAUCCCAUACGCACAUCCUCCUGUCUGUCUGUGUGUGUGUGUGUGUGUGUAACAAAAAAAAAAGACCCUGUAUUCACACCAGCACCACUCAGCACUUGAAGUGAGAUUUUAUGCAAAUGAGCUCUGAUUUCAACCAAGUGAUUGGUCCUUGGAAAUUUGCAUGAGGUCCAAAUAUGGAAGAGAAACCUAAUACAGAAUUUAUAAAUACAGAGCUUUAUUUCUUCCACAGGAUUUGAUGUGAUUGUGUGUGUCACCUCUCUCUCUCGCUCUCGCUCUUUUUCUGACCAUAAUCAAGCCGAAGGAAGUCCAUUUUCCUUCAGUCCAGUGCUUUAUCCAUUUCUGUGUGUGUUUGUGUGUGUAGCUUCUUAUCAGGGGGUUGGUCCUCUGGGAACUGAUUGCUUAACAUCCUGCUCGACACACCCAUGAAAUGCAUUCAGAUGUGUGUGUGUGUGUGAGAGUGUGUGUGUGAGUGAGAGAGAGAGAGAAUAUGAGAUCAUGUUUGUCCAGCUGUUUUGAGGCUUAUAUUAUAACUGUGUCUGCAUGAGCCGUAAUACAAAUCGAAGCAUGUCUUCAGCACACACACACACACACUCUCUCAACUCCUGAAUAUUCAAGUUUAUACCCUGUAUGUGUGUGUAACUAAACACUGCAGCAUGUCAUGUAUAGAUCAAGAUGUAACUAUAAUUAUGAAUGCAGUUAUAUAGUGUAUCGUGUGUGUGUGUGUGUGUGUGUGUGUGUGUGUGUGUGUGUGUACUACAUAAUCUA